AUGGAAGGAGGAACCAGCAACAAAGAUAAGCUGUUCUUUAAGUUAUAUGAAUAUAUAAAUAAGUUAGAUAACUUUGCAUGUGAUGAUGUUAGCUUGGAGAAGGAGGGGAGGAAGAAAAUUCUAUACAUCAGUAAAAAGGCAAAAGGGAAGAGAAGAUCGGCUGAUGGGGAAGUGACCAAGUCGGAGGUGGAGGGAGAGGGCAGGAGGGUUCAUUCUCCGCAGACGAUGGGAAAGGCAAAGCAUAGGGAAAGUAAAAUAAAAGGUCGAAACCAUGUGGGAGCUGGUGCUGAGAAAAGUGGCCCAUUUGGCGCGGAGGACAGCAGCGAGGACGGCAGCGAGGACGGCAGCGAGGAGGGAAGCGGGGACGGCGAUAGUCACACCAUCAGUUGUAGCAGCAGUUACAGCAGUCGCGGGGGCGAAGCAGGAAGCGCCCUGCACGCGGGAAGCGAUGACAAGGGUGGCCCAGUUAAUGUCCACUCGUACGGGAACACCCACCCAAACAAAAACGCAGGGAGGACAAAAAAAAAAGGAGCGCCGGUCGAAGGGGCACCUGUCGAAGAAGCACCAAUCAAAGGAGCACCGGUCGAAGAAGCACCACCAAAAGGAAUAACCUCCUAGAUGGAAGAAUACCAAAGUGUAAACGAAAUUAAAAUUAUGAACAGCCAAGGGAGUUGUAACAUGUUAGGGAUGAUGCAAAAAAUUGAUGACAUUAUAAAUGCAUAUAAACAGAUUAAGGAGGAAUUAGAUAAGUUAGAGAAGAACAAGCAAUUCAUUUACGAUACAUUUUAUUCCAUUUUUUUGAACUAUUAUUCGAGGUAUGAAGAAUUGAAAGUAAUCAAGGGGAACAAGAACAGAGUAGAACGACACCUGAAGUUUUACACCAACGUUGAUCAUUUCGAGAAGGUACUCAACCACAUGGAGAAAAACGAAUAUGCUUAUUUUAUUGACAUGUAUAAUAAUUCUUUGCAGAAAAGUGGAGGGAAGGAAUGCUCGGGGGAGUUGCUUGAGGGGGACGAGCAGAGUGAUUAUGAUGAGAGCGAGACGGAUUCGGGGGAUGAAGAAGGAGAGGUGGACAUGAGCAAUUGGGCCGCGGAAGAUAUACAGAACUGGGUAACCUCAUACGGCACGGAAGGGGGGGUCACAGACGGUGAGGAAAACCAAACAGAGGAUGAAGGGAGCCACGAAAUUGAUAACUACUUACUUAGUGAAUGGGAGAAGGAGGAAGAAGUAAGCUUCCCUGUCGGAGGAUAUGAUACCCAGAGGGGGCAACAUCACGAUGAAGAUGCAGAUCAAAGGGGUGCACUUAAUGGUGGGAGCGAAACGGAGCGAGCUGCGUUGGACGAAAACGCAGGAGUGGACGAAAAACGGGUGAGUAACCAAUCGGGAAGGAGUAACAAGUACGUCGCACAGCGUCCCAGCGGAGGGGUUGGCGCAAUGGGAGGCAAUCCCGUGGAGGGGAAAUUGCGAGGUCCUAUCUGGUGGGAGAAGAAGAAGAAAAGAAGGAGCUCAGCGGGUGGGAUAUCAAAUGGGGUAGCAACCGGCGUAGGACGCAUCGCUGGACGCAUCGCUGAACGCGGCGCUGGACGCAGCGCAUCGAACGAAGGGGCCCCUUCCGACGCCGCAAACCACCCCCGCCGUGGCAAAACCAAACGGGGGAGCGAGAAAAACGAAAUUUAUCACAUGCUGCAGUUUUCCGAAAAGGCCAUAAAGUUCUUCAAGAAAAAUGGCACCUAUUUACACGCCAAGGCUAAAUUGACCAAGUACCAGUCCAUCAUAAGGCGUAUUUUGAAGUACGUCAUUAAUUUGUUCAGGGAUGUUCUAAACAACGCAGAGUUGAAUAUACCCUGUGGUAGAGGUGGUGAUAGUUUGCCUCUGUAUGGCAUCUCGUCGUGUGAACAAAAUGGGAAAGAGGCGACCGCUCCGCUGGAGUUAAGCUGUAGGGGGAAGUGGUGGGAGGGCAGUACCCUGAGUAGAGACAACCCCAUUUGGGGCAAGCAUCUCUCGAUUGAUACAUCUCACAAUUCCUUGAGCGAAAAAAGACUACCUGGGGAAGAAAACCAUAUGAAUAAUUUCAAAUCUGACGAUAUGAAGAACCCCCAGGAAUGCAUAAAUCAUGAGAAAGAAGAACCGAAGCACACGCAGUCGCAUGAGCUAGCUAAUUUGACGGAGGUGCAGAACCUCUUUUCCGUAGAGGACGAAAUGGAGGAUAAUCAAAUCUACAGAAAUAUAAGUAUGAUAUAUUUUAGCAAGUAUAUAAAUGAAUUGGAGUAUUAUAAAAAGUUCAAAAUAAAAUGCAGCUGCAUGCGAGAUGUAAUAUACUUCAUUUAUGAAAAAUCUUUGGUGGAAGAAAAUAAUUUGUAUAUAGAGGAAUACAAUAAAUUGGAAAAUUUCUACGUAAGCACAAGGGUAAAGCUAUUGAACAGCAAUGUGCUAAGCACUAAUGUAUUAAGCAAUUUUGAGUCCCUACUGAAGAAUGAUAUUUGCAAGUAUAUAAAGAAUGUCUGCUUGUUGGCAAUGUAUGUUUCUAAGUUAGAGGUAGACUUGUACACACAUAUAUUCAAUAAUAACCUUAACAAUUCCGUUAAUAUCAUACUGAACAACAUUGGGGUGUGUAUCUUCGAUUGCCUUCAUGAUUGCAUCGAUCAACUUAACAACAUACAAUUAAUUAGAAAAAUUAUUCGAAUCAUUUAUGUGGAUAUCAUCGAUACGUAUAGUGAUAAUUCAUACAGGAUCAUUUGUGAUUACUUAAAAAAAAUUUGUAAAAUUUUGAAGGACAAAUUACUCUACGUGAUAGAGAUGUACAUCUCGUACUACACCAAAAAUACGAGUGCUACUUUACCCUAUGUGUGCUUCUACCCUCUGAGGAAAAAAUUUAUCAACAUGGUGAACAAUUUUUUGUAUGAUGAAUAUCUCCUCACGAGUGAUGCGCAUACGAAGGUGGAGUCCCCUGUGAAAACUAGACAGGGGAAACCAAAUAAGGAGGGGGAGGGGCGGAACGGACAGUUGAAUAGUUUGUUUGCCUCCACUGAGAGUAAUCACCCCAUCGGUAAGAGUGUACCGUGGGGGGAUAAAUCUGAGCCAGUGCGCAGUUGUGAGAAUUGCGAGGAGGGGAACCCAAUUAGUGGGGUCACUGACAACGUAGAUGAUCCCUCCAGGGAGAGCACAAGCAGUGUGAACAACAUUGAAAGCGGGAACAGCGUUGAAAGUGUGGACAGUCGGGAGAGCUUGGAAAGCUUAACCAGCGGAAGAUACGAGAAGCAGGGCGAAUGCAACAAGAACGUGCUGAGUGAGAAGAAUGUAUACAAGCCAUUUUCCUUCCACCGCUGGGAAUUUAAUAAGGACUCCAAAUUUGGCCUCUGUGGUAUAGACCUAAACAUUAUUGGUACCAUCCUAAUUUUGAAGACGAUACAUUUUAUAAUCGACGAAGAGACGCUGCUGGAGCUGUUCAGAGAGUGCCUGGAAAAUAGCUUCAAUUCUGUAACAUCCAUUUAUAAGGAGCACAUGAAAAAUCAUCCUGAGGACAUGUUUAAUGGCGCUCUUUAUUUAAUCAAAAAUUUGAGUCUUUUGAUAUAUUUGUUUUACAAAGUUACGAAGGAUCACGAGUUUGUCCGCUUUUACCUGCACAGUGGGUUGACCGAGCAGCUCCUCUUUGGGGCAUCUCCAAAAGAAUGGAUAAUGGAGAGCCAUAGUGGUAGCGGGAAGAAAGAAGGCGACAAAGUGGGGGCCGAAAAUGAAAACUCCAUUUUGUGCUUUUUCAAAAGGGUAUACAACAUGUCGUCACAGGACGACGUGCAGAACAGAAUCCUGGCCGCCUUCAACGAUGCCAUUUACAACUUUACCGUAGCGACUGUGUCAAGGGUUUGUUCCCCCUUGAUUAAAAUUCUCUCCAUGGAAUACAAAGAAAGUGCGCUUGAAAAGGAGGAAGAAAUUAAAAAAACGACUCACGAUUUUUUGAAUGCAAAAAGGAAGCGCCAAUCAGAUUUGCAGUUCGGAGACGAGAAGGUGGACUUCUCCUUUUUGCGCGAAAUAAACUUUGACUUGUUAAAGGAGUACGCAGAAAAGGUUAACAACGAGCAGAGUGUAGAAGCACCUAACUGCUCCAACCUCGAUGAUCUAAAAAAGAACCUCCAGUCGUUUAAGCAAAAGGUUUGUGACCUAUUUCCGAGGAUAUAUUUUUACGUGAAGUUAUUUAUUUUCUCCAAUACGGAAAAGCCAAACGAGAAUGAUUUUUUUCCCGGACUGUUUUCCCACAUCGUGGGUCUUCUAACGUACAAAAUAGUGGGCCUGCUCAGCGAGGUAUACCUCAUCAUAAGGCUCAAGUAUGCACACCAAGUGGAAGCCAUAUUUGAAGAGAACUACGUCAGCGACAUUUUCCUCUUUCUGAAUUCGAGCGAGAGGUACGUCUGCUCCUUUUCGGACAUCCACCAGUACUUCGACACAAACAAGAAUUACAACUUUUGGGGGGAGUAA